UUCAGUUAGUGGGUGGCCGAACAAGAUGUCAGACGAUACGGGCGAAGUGCGGGAUCUCGGCUACUCCCAACUGGGCCGCGUUCGGAGAAGGGAGCAAAAAAAGAAGAAGGUGUCAGUGAUCAAGAAUCACAAAUUCACCGCCAGAAUGCUCAAGCAACCGACUUUCUGUUGCCACUGCAAGGAUUUCAUCUGGGGGAUUGGCAAACAGGGCUACCAGUGCAAAAGUUGUAACUUCGUCGUUCAUAAAAGGUGUCACGAGUUCGUUAAUUUCAAUUGCACGGGAGCAGACAAAGAGGUCGAUUCAGACGACCUGCGGACGCAGCACCACUUUGUCAAUCACACAUACAGAAGGCCAACCUUCUGCGACCACUGCGGAUCUUUGCUGUACGGGUUAAUUCACCAAGGACUCAAGUGCAAAGCAUGUAACGUGAACGUUCACAAGAGGUGCCAAGCGAGAGUGCCCAACCUUUGUGGGUGUGACCGCACGGAGAGAAUAGAGUGUUGAGGAUUUUUUGAAGCUACUCCCUGUAAACUCAUCUGCGAUGGUCAGUGCAUUAUAUGGAGCGAUGAGUUAAUAACAGUAGACUUUACUCAAAUAGAAAUGGCAAGCAGAGGAAAGUAACAAAAGAUAUGGGAAGCAGAGGGCAUCAAUUUUAUAAAAUUCGUCGCUAAAAAGACGAAUGGGCGUAUCUCAAGAAAAGCGAAAAAUGAGUUAUGAACACUACAGAAAUGUCCAAAGUCAAUUUUAUAAUAUGACCAAUGGGCGUAUCUCUACAAUAAAUAGCAAAAAAUGUUACAGUCCCUGACAUUGGUGGCGGUUCUCAAGCGAUGCAGUAAACUGGAAAUCUUUAAAUCGGAUUUCUGCAAAAUGCUUAAAAGUGAGAUACGCCCAUACGUCUUUUUAGCGACGAAUUGUUUGUUUCAAGAGCAAAGUAGCAUAGUGCUGAGGAACACGUAAUAAAAUAUCUAGCUGAUUAAACAAAGAAAAAAAAGGGGGGGGGAGGAGAGUUCUAGAACAGAAAUUUAAGCGAAUAUUUCUUCUUUUGUUACAUACUUCGACAUUUAUAAGUAGGCUGCUAAAUUCCUUAAUUGCAGACAAUUACAAAAGUUAUCAGUAGCUUUGGCUCAAUUUAGUCGCAUAACGUAACACCUCAAUGCAACUAAUACCACGUUGUUUUGUGUCAUUUUUUAAAAUCACUAAAAGUUAUAUGUCACAUAUUUCGUUCACAUCCAUCAACCAUAUUUUUUCGCUUAUCAUUCAUUUAUUUUCCGCAAUUGUAAAAUUUUAUUAAAGAAAUGUAUUAUUAUUUACUCUCCUAUGAAAUCAGGAACAGGAAAUUGACAGCUUUGAAAAAAUAAGUAUAACAACACCAAUCCUUGUAAGUUUUUCAUUCUGGUGACUUUAGCUUUAAAUAUUCAAACUAAUGUAAAGCACCAGUAGUGGCCAGUGCUUCAGCAGUGGUCACUUCAAGUUUACUUACAUACUCUGAAGAAAGAAAUGAACAAUAAUAAUGAUAUUUUUUGAUGAUUAAUGUAACAAUCAAAUUUAAUCAAUUUUAGUCAUCGGUUAUUUGAAUUUAAAAUAAGUAACGUAAAUUCUUCGGAGAAUGUCAGAUGGCCACUACUGAAAUCUUCAUAUUUUUGAUUGGCCACUACAUUACCAAUUUUGAGGUUUUGGAAAAAAAUGAAAAAAAAAAAAAUGAACAAAAUGAAAUUCUGGCAAUUUUAGAUAGGGGACGAUUUAGGAAGAGUUGGGUCAUAAUACGCUCAUUGAGUUUCAAGAGAAGUAACUAACAUUGUAGACCCUCAGUUAAAAAUAUAUUUCACAGUGGUCACUACUAGUGCGUUUUGAACCUUGAAGUGGUCACUACUGAAGCACUGGCCACUACUGGUGUUUUACCUUAGUUCAAAAUCUAAUUUCAUGAAUUCAUCAUGUUACCUGAUAAUAAUCAAUAACCUGAUCAAAUACUUUAAAUAUAACUGAAACUAUUAUUCUUACGUCUUCUUUGCCGUGAACAGCCAAGAAUGUAUCCAUCUGCCCUGCAGCUGACAGCUCUUCAGUGUCUUCUAUAAUAAUCAUUAAUAUCAAUAAAUGAUUUCUGUUACUAAUUCUUCUUUUUAAUGAGAAAAUAAAAUAUUAUUUUUAAAGCUA